GUGCGGACCCACCUCUGACCUCCUUCCCCCGGAUCCGCGCCCGGCGCCAGCGCGGCUAUAAAUGGCGGAGCCCCCAGCAGUGCCGAGACCCCGUGCCACACAUCCCCGUUCGCAUCUUCUCCCUCUUGCCGGUCCCGAAUAAAGAGCAGCAGCGCAAGAGGUUAAUUUAUCGCCCGAGAAGAAGAAAGCAAUGGCGGCUGAGAGCUUCCUCUUCACCUCGGAGUCCGUGAACGAGGGGCACCCCGACAAGCUGUGCGACCAGGUGUCGGACGCCGUGCUCGACGCCUGCCUCGCGCAGGACCCCGACAGCAAGGUGGCGUGCGAGACCUGCACCAAGACCAACAUGGUGAUGGUGUUCGGCGAGAUCACCACCAAGGCCACCGUGGACUACGAGAAGAUCGUCCGGGACACCUGCCGCGAGAUCGGCUUCGUCUCCGACGACGUGGGCCUCGACGCGGACCGCUGCAAGGUGCUGGUCAACAUCGAGCAGCAGUCCCCCGACAUCGCGCAGGGCGUGCACGGGCACUUCACCAAGCGGCCCGAGGAGAUCGGCGCCGGCGACCAGGGCCACAUGUUCGGGUACGCCACCGACGAGACCCCCGAGCUGAUGCCGCUCAGCCACGUGCUGGCCACCAAGCUCGGCGCGCGCCUCACCGAGGUCCGCAAGAACGGCACCUGCGCCUGGCUCAGGCCCGACGGCAAGACCCAGGUCACGGUGGAGUACGUCAACGAGGGCGGCGCCAUGGUGCCCGUCCGCGUCCACACCGUCCUCAUCUCCACCCAGCACGACGAGACCGUCACCAACGACGAGAUCGCCGCCGACCUCAAGGAGCACGUCAUCAAGCCCGUCAUCCCGGAGAAGUACCUCGACGAGAAGACCAUCUUCCACCUCAACCCGUCGGGCCGCUUCGUCAUCGGUGGGCCCCACGGCGACGCCGGCCUCACCGGCCGCAAGAUCAUCAUCGACACCUACGGCGGCUGGGGUGCCCACGGCGGUGGCGCCUUCUCCGGCAAGGACCCCACCAAGGUGGACCGCAGCGGCGCCUACAUCGCCAGGCAGGCCGCCAAGAGCAUCGUGGCCAGCGGCCUCGCCCGCCGCUGCCUCGUGCAGGUCUCCUACGCCAUCGGCGUGCCGGAGCCCCUGUCCGUGUUCGUCGACUCGUACGGCACCGGGAGCAUCCCGGACAAGGAGAUCCUCAAGAUCGUCAAGGAGAACUUCGACUUCAGGCCCGGCAUGAUCACCAUCAACCUCGACCUGAAGAAAGGCGGCAACAGGUUCAUCAAGACCGCCGCCUACGGCCACUUUGGCCGUGACGACGCCGACUUCACCUGGGAGGUGGUGAAGCCCCUCAAGUUCGACAAGGCAUCCGCUUAAGAUUGGGAAGCCAAAUUGGACAUGAAGAAGACUGUGUGUCUCCGUGCUGUAUCUUCCUCUGGCUCUGCUGAUACCUGCUGCAAGCAUUGCUGCUGCUGCUGCUGCUCCUGCUCCUGGAUGUGUGUUUGAUCAGUGACUGGCUGCUCCAUAGAAGAGAAGAAAAGAAGGCUUUGGCAAGCAAGCCAUGUCGGCGCCGCCGGCUUAGGGAUUGGUAUAAUUUGGUGUGGCAGCAACCAGGAUUAUGCGCUGAUCUUUAUCUUUUAGUUUGGUCGUCCAGUAUUUUUUUUUCUUCCCCUUUUCGAGUCUGUACUGAAACUGCUGAGAGAUUUGCAGUUUUUAAUCUAUCAAUAUUCGUAUGUUACUGUUACCCUUUAGGUGCCCCCUGUGUAACCAAGCGCAAUUACAAGUUCACAUUUCUCC